AUGGCAACCGACUCAAUGGAAGCUAUGCAACAAGUUGAAGGCGACCUCGAGAAGCUGAAGCUCGACACCCGAAAGGCCCGACGCUUCGAUAAGACUGCCGUUGACGAAUCUUUGAAGAGGGUCCACGAGCAAAAGCUGAAAGAGCUGAAGAUUAUCGCGGAGAAAGUGAAUGGCACUGUCAAGUGGUACUCCGUCCUUAGCCACUACGGCUUCAUUGGAAUUGAUGACAAAGAAGACGUCUUUGUGCAUCAGUCUUCGAUCCUGGAAUCCCGAACCAAUCGACUUUCGUUGCGAACAUUGGACAAUGGAGAGAAGGUGCAAUUCGACAUUGUUGAGGGAGAAAAGGGACGCGAAGCUGUGAACGUUACCGGACCAGAUGGAACGCCUGUUAUUGGAUCCCGCUUCCAAUGGUUGCAAAUGCCUUGGCUCCGAAACGCAUUCUUUGAACAUCGCGGUUCGCUUCGGGGAAAGGAUCAAAAGAAGCCAGGCAAUCGUUCCGACAAGCGCAACGAUAACAACGGUGUUCGCAGCAAGAAGAACAAUGAAGCCAGCGGUGACAACAAGGACGAGAAGAAGCCUAGACGCCGAAACAACAGCGCUCGACGCAACAGACGCAACCAAAAGGACAAGGUUGUUGGUUCGGGUCGCCGCCGCCGCCGCACGGAGGGAGACGAGACCGGCAACGACUCCUCGACCUCAAAGGAAGACGCCAACGGUGCUGUUGCUGGAGGAGAUGCGGUCCAAACCAACAAGAAGGAC